AUGAUCGUAUUUUCCAUUGUUUUGUACGUUCUUAUCGGAGAAAUGCCGAAGGAAAUCCUAUUCGAAUGGGUAUUAUUUGCUCUAGUACUUGAUGCGAUCCUGCUGCUCUACGCGUGCCUUGUCGUGAUUUCGCUGCGCUGCUGCGAACGAAUCAUCCAAAGUCGUCUGUCGAUGAAACCUGAUGUGCCGAGAAUUUCUGAUGAAGCAGAACAAGUCUAA